UACUUGUACGUAGGUACUAGAUUAUAUUAUACUAUCGUUUUUAUGAAUCUGUUUGUAAAAACUACUGUUCGAUGAUUCAUCCCGCGUGAAACUCGUCUCACUCAUGUUGCAAGCUGUCGGGCUCCUGAUCCUCACGGGAGCGCUAUGGGGCUGCACCAACCCCUUCAUCAGGCAGGGCACCAAGGGACUUCGCAAAGUGCGCGCCAAAACCGUUUUAGGGCAAGUCUACGCCGAGAUCGCCUUCUUAUUGGGGAAUUGGCGCUACGUGCUACCCUGGCUGGCCAACCAAUCAGGUUCCCUGGCGUACUUGGCUGCAGUCCAGCGCGCCCCCCUCUCCGUGGCGGUGCCCACCGCCAACGGGCUGGCCUUCGCGUUCACGGCCGUCGUCGGAGCCGCGGUGGGCACGGAAGAACCUUUGGAUAAAUGGUCUGUGGCUGGAGUGGCGCUCAUCGUGGCUGGCACCGCGCUAUGCUGCCUGGACAAAGCGAGCUGAUGAACGGUGACGUCACAAUUUUAAUGAACUAUGACAGAUGACGUCACGAUAACGCUAAAGAUUUCUCUCUCUCAAGUGACCAAUGAACUACAACAAAUGACGUCACGCGCUCAAUUUCCCUCUCAAGUGACAAUUUUUGGUGAUUUUUUUUUUAUAUAUUUUUAUACGUUUUUACUUUAAUUUUGGUAAGUAUUUCCAUUUGAAGUGACAUUCCAGUUUUCAAGAACGCGAUAUUUAUAACGAAAUUGAUUAUUGAGGUAGGUACUUAGUUAACUAACUCUUUACAUAUUUCAAAGAUGCUAAAUUGACUGACUUGUCAAAGUGAAAAAAAAGUUAAAAUAAAUUGGAGAAAAAGAAUAAGGAAAAAUAAGCAGCUAAUAUUUAGAAAUAAAAUACAGUAAGUCAGAUACAAUAUUAUAUUAUCUGGUAUUCAGCGGGUUACAUAUUUGAAUUACAUACUAUAUGUUAUGCUUACUGUAAUAUUUGCUUCUUUGAAGCGUUUAGUUAAUUAAUUUAUAUACAUUUUAUGUCCUAAUUCAUAAAUAGAUAUUAAAUCUAUAUUUUACAUAGUAUUAUUGACAAAAAUGGAGUUAAAAUUGUUAUGAUUGAAAUGCGGAGAAAAUAUUUUGUUUUACCAAUUGUCGCCUGCGAAUUCCCUCUCAUCGAUAGAUACAUGUAAAUGAAAAUAAGGUCGGACUUCAUUUUACCCCAAAAUUCCCAUAAGAGUGCAGUCUGGGUAAAAAACUAGUAAUUUAAUAUUUCUAUAGUAAAUCGCUUAUACAAAGCAAUUGGAAAUUUAUUUUUAAAAAUUAAAUGAUAAAUAAAAGUUCUAACAAGUAUUA